AAUACGAAACGUAUAUAAUCCGCGAGGUAUAUAAAGUAAUAGACGCGGAGUAUAGUACAACAUAUAUUUAGUGAAAGUGCCGAAACGAGGUUCGCCGUUUAUUAUACAUACGUAUAUACCUGUAUGUCCGCAACACACACGACGUGCUAUUACAUAUCUUCGUUCCGUGCUGUGCUAAAAAUCCUCUCUGAAAAAAAAAAAAAAAAAAAAAAAUUAACACCGUGUGCAAGUUUGUUUGAAAAAUUUGUGAUUUUGUUUUUAAUCCUUUAAUUCAUUUUCGAUCGUUUAAACACCGUGUAAUUAACUGUGACGUACCAACGGGAACGUGAAUACUUGACCGAAGAAGAUCGCAGAUUUUACGAAAUGACUGCCCAGGAGGCGAUCGUCAUUAGGAAUGCCCGGAAAUGUUACACGAAAAAUGUUGCAGUUUUGGAUAACCUCAACAUGGUCGUUUCGCGCGGCUCUAUCUACGGUCUCCUGGGUGCCAGCGGCUGCGGCAAAUCAACCCUGCUCUCAUGUGUCGUUGGAGUGCGACGCAUCGACAGCGGUGACAUUUGGGUCCUGGGCGGGAAACCGGGAUCCAAGGGUUCCGGGAUACCGGGACCCCGAGUCGGCUACAUGCCGCAGGAAAUAUCCCUGGUCAAAGAGUUCACAACGGCUAACGCGAUGUACUAUUUUGGCCGCAUAAGCGGCGUUGAGGACGAUGUGAUCGAGGAAAGGCUGGCGUUUUUGACUAAAUUGUUACACCUCCCGCCGAGAAAUACGCAGGUGAAACACAUGAGCGGUGGACAGCAGAGGAGGGUGUCAUUCGCUGCAGCUAUGAUACACAAACCGGAAUUACUUAUUCUCGACGAACCAACGGUCGGAUUGGAUCCCGUAUUGCGCGCGGAUAUAUGGGAUCACCUGAUAACCAUCACAAGGGAAGAAGACACGGCCGUUGUAAUAACGACACAUUAUAUCGAGGAAGCGAAACAGGCGGACAAGGUAGGGAUGAUGAGAUGCGGACAAUUACUAACGGAAUCCACGCCUGGACAAAUUAUGACACAAUUUCAAUGUCCGACAUUGGAGGAAGCGUUUUUGACGUUGAGUCAGAGGCAGGCCGAUAAUCAGGAGAGAGGGAUAACCGAAGUUGUUAGCAACGAGGUGACGUCUCAUAAUCCAACGGAGGUCAACUCGAUGACGGUUUCACUUCACAACGGACAUUACAGCAGCACCGAUAAUAUAAUUAGCACCGAGAAACAACAAAUAAGGGACAACGAAGACAUAGGAAAAGUCGUGACAUCGAAAUGGAAAAAGUUCAGGGCUUUGCUCACCAAGAAUGCUACGCAACUGGUCAAACAUCCGGGAGGUGUCGCUUUUGCGGUGAUAUUUCCCGUUCUUCAAACGUUCUUAUUCUUCAACGCGAUCGGGGAGGAUCCAAAGAAUUUGCACAUGGCAGUGGUGAACAAGGAAGCCGGAAAUUGUAACUACAGCAGUAUUUGGGGCGAAGUUAAUUACUACGAGGAUACUCACGAUUGCGAUUUCGUCGAUUUGAGCUGCAGGUAUUUGCACGGUUUCGACGAUUCCAUGAUCAUAAAGGAUUAUUACCCCGACGAAAAUAGCGCCGUCGAAGCUGUUAGAGGUGGAAAAGCUGUGGGCGCGAUGUUCUUCAGUAGCAAUUUUUCCAAAGCUCUUCGGAACCGAAGGGACAACGGUAGAUUUUCAACCGACGAGGAACUCGAGGACAGUUCGGUACAAAUAUCGCUCGACAUGGGAAAUCGACAGAUUGGUUUGAACUUGCAGAAACGAUUGUUCGAUCGGUUUUUCGAAAUUCAGAACAGCAUAAUGCAGGAGUGUCAUAUCGAUCCGAGAUUCGGUGAAAUGCCGUUAAGGUUCGAGGAGCCGUUAUUCGGAAGUGUUAAUCAGAAGUACUCAAAUUUUAUGGCACCUGGAUUUUUACUCACGGUGAUAUUCUUUUUGGCAACAUCGUUGACUUCCGCCAUCAUAAUUUCGGAUCGUGUUGAAGGCGUGUGGGAUAGAACAUUGGUAGCAGGCGUUACCGUACAGCAAAUUCUCGCAGCUCACAUCAUGGUGCAAUUCGCCCUGACUUGCAUUCAAGUAACAUUGGUUCUAUGUGUUGCAAUUCUGGGAUUCAAUUUACCAUGCCGAGGACCUUUACUGGCUGUAAUUACAUUGGUCUUGAUGAUAGGAUUCUGCGGCAUGUGUUACGGUUUCUUCAUCUCGGUGGUAGUAUCGACUCACACGGUAGCAAAUUACGUAUCUACUGGUAGUUUUUACCCCCUAAUUUUACUGUCUGGAUGUAUCUGGCCGAUGGAGGGUAUGCCGGUAUUUUUGCAAUGGGUAAGCCGUACGUUGCCAACAACGUUACCAUCGCUCUCGAUGCGAGCAAUACUUGAGAAAGGUUACUCGAUAGACGAGUCCGAGGUUUAUGUAGGAUUUUUGAUAAUAGGCUUAUGGACCGUGGCUCUGAUGAUUCUGUGCAUACUUGCCCUUAGAUCAAAAACAGCGGGAUAACGGUUUCGGAAACUCGUUCGGAUCGUACGCUAUGAAAUAUACAUAUAUAUAUUUUAUAUAUAUAUAAUGGAAAUGCGUACAUAUAUCUGCACUGUUUAGCUCAAUCUCGAUUCGUCGCAGUAUAAUUGUGGCUGCGGGUGAUAUCACGGAGGUUUUGCCCUUCGUAACUCCCAUUGCAGUAUUCGAUUGGUGUAUCGUUUUUUUUUUUUUUUUAACAAAUAUAAUAUAAUAUUUACCUCUCUCUCUAGACGUGGAUAGUUAUGAAUAAUCUUCAUUAGGCGUUCCGUUGGUUAUGCGAUUAUGAAAAAGAAAUAGGAGAGGUAAAAAUACUAGGUAAAGUUUUCAACGAGACAGAAUUAGAAGUGAAUUUUUGUUGAUUUUGUACGCAAUGUUUUUUAUAGUAUUUUACGAAACAAGAGUCAAGACAAGGGAAAUAAAUAUAGAUACAUAAGGUACAUAUAUAUAUACUUGUUAUACACAUAUAUGUGGGAGGUAGUCGCACGUAUGAAAAAUUUAUCGCUAAAGUGUCAAUUUAUUUUUAUCUGUAUAUGCAGCAUAUGUAUGUGUAAUAUUGUAACCUAUCCUCUAAAACUGUGUCAAAAAUACCGAUACAAAUUAUAAACCACCUGAUGCGACUUUAAACUACAUGUAUAUGCGUAUAUAUACUUAAUGUAUACAUUAAGGUGAUCCUUAUAUGGGGUCAGAAUAAAAUUCCUUGAGUUUUCCAGAUUUUUUUUUUUAUUCCCCUGUUUCAGCGGGAAGUUUCAUGAUAUUCAAAAAUCUGCUCAUUUAUUACAUUUUGUACUGAAUUUUAUUUUAAAGUUAAACGUAAGUAAAAAAAAAUCUUUUUGUCAAUUGGAUAUAAUCUGGGGAAAAAACAAAUUUGAAACAAAACACCAGCAUUCAUUUAGUCAGCACUGUAAUGGAAUAACCCACAUGUCAACACUACAUAAUAUCACAGUUAAUGACAUGCAAAUAUCGAGGUUAUUUUUUUUAUUUAAUCUGAUCAUUUGUCAUCUCGGAAUAAAACGAAUUAAUAUAGCACACAUUUCUCAUGUAAUAUCCCAUUUAUGAUUUUUUAUUUUUCACUGAAAAGAAGAUGAAUCUCGAUCCGAUAUAAGGACCACUCUAGUAUACAUACGUAUAGGUACAUACGUAUAACCUGUGUUGACACAUAAACGUUUAACUACGUGAAAUAAAUUAUACGUAACUAUGCAUAAGAGUAACGUACGCGUGAAGAAAGAACAACGCUCAAUUAUCGUAAAUUGAACAAAAAAAAAAAAAAACAACCAAGAAAAAAAAAGGAAAUAGAAAUAGUACUUAACAAUUUCAUGAAUAGUGAUAAUAACAACGAGACAACUCAGAAUAGAGAAGAAAAGCUGAAAAGCGUGAAAUCUUAAAGAACAUUUUUGAAUUUAUAGCAAAUUUUUCUAAAAAAAUUUCAAAAAAUUUGAAAAAAGCAGUUGCAGAAAAUUCUACACCAUGUAUUGGUUGUAUACCAAUGAUGGUAACCGAUAAUCAGGGUGGCGACAGACCGGGAAAACCGGGAAAAGUCAGGAAAUAAUGAUGGACCAUAGAGAAAAAUAUACCUUUUUUUUUUAUAAAUCCUUUUCAAACUUCAGCUAUGCUUCGUAAAUUCAGUUAAGCUAAUUUGCGAACAUGGUAUCGUUCAAUUUUUGAUUACUUGUGUGAAACGAUACAAUACUAUGUGUGUGUUAGAUCCAAAUUUAUAUAUUCGAGGAGCAUAAUUUUGGAAGUUUUUGGUUACAAAAGCUUCCCAACAUUACCCAAGUUUCGUGGGAACAACUCAAGGAAUUCUGAAUUUUUCGACGGGAAAAGUAAGGAAAUUUUAUUUGAGCAAAAUUGUCGCCACCCUGAAUAUGCGCGAUAAAUGAAAAAAGAUUUACGUUUUACAAUGUCUAAUAUACAAAAUUUCCUGCACAUAAAACUUUUGUAAUAUCGAAUGUUUUAUACAUAUUGUAAAUAAAUUAUUUAUAAAUAAUGAUAAUUGCCGGGUUUUUAUUUUAAUUUUUAUGCGUUAUAAAGUCAAUGAUUGUAAAUAUACGCAGUUUUUUCUUUUU